UGGUUCGCUGCAAACUUCCACAGCAGAUUCGGUAAACACUGGGAAUUUAGCGAGGAGGAGCUGUAUCUGAAGGAUACUCUGGUAGCUUAUCGAACAGCUGCUGAUGCAGCUGCACAAAUACAGGCUGCGUUUAGGGAGCGCUCACUCAAGUUACGGACAAAAGCAGUUCAGCAAUCCAAUCCAGAGGAUGCAGCACGCACUAUAAUUGCAGCUAUGAAAAUUCAGAAUGCCUUCCGCAACUUUGAAACGCGAAGAAAGAUGGCAGCGGCUGCCAGAAUCCAACAUAGGUUCCGUACUUGGAAGAUCCGAAGAGACUUUCUCAAUUUGCGCCGUCAAGCAAUCAAAAUUCAAGCUGUUUUCAGAGGUUUCCAUGCACGGAAACAUUAUCGGAAGAUCAUUUGGUCAGUUGGAGUGCUUGAAAAAGUAGUUUUACGUUGGCGUUUAAAGAGAAAAGGUCUUCGUGGCCUUCAAGUUCAUCCUAUGGAAGCUGUCAAAGAUCCAACUCAAGAAAGUGAUGGGGAGGAGGACUUCUUCCAAGCCAGCAGGAAACAAGCUGAGGAUCGGGUUGAGAGAUCCGUUAUUCGGGUCCAGGCCAUGUUUCGUUCAAAGCGAGCCCAAGAAGAAUAUCAAAGAAUGAAGUUGGAGCAUAAUAUAGCAACGUUGGAAUACGGACUUCUCGAUCGUGAUGGUGACAUGUGA